AUGAAAAAUGAUUACAUUGAGAGAGUCACAGCUGUCAAGUUUUGGCAAAGAACUGUAUACACAAUCAUGUCGAACGAGAAGAAAGAGAACGAUUUUUUUCUCGACGCUAACGAAGAAGAAACCGAUAUCGAAGCUGUUAACUACGAGAGCGAAACUAGUCAUGAAAAUGAUGGUGGCAGUUACGAUGAACUCGAUCGCAAUGAAGGACAGCCUGAGUCUUUCUCUUCUCAACAAUGGCCUCAAACUUUCAAUGAGGCUAUUGAUCCUUUGACGAUCAAUGCUCCGAAUCUUGGAUCAAUUCUGAGAGCGCCGAGUGUGAUAUACUCGAGCUUUGUGAGUCAUCCGUCAAGGAGUUAUUUAGAGUUACAAGAUGGAAAGGCUUCUUUUCUGUCUGGGAGUCAAAUUCAGGAAGGGUUUCCUAGACAGUCGACAUGGUGGGAAAAAGCUUCUAUUCAAAUGCUUGUUCCUGAAGAAUUGCCUGCUGGUUAUGGAUGUAGUUUCACUCAGACUAUAUUUAAUGGGAUUAAUGUGAUGGCUGGAGUUGGGCUUCUAUCCGCACCUGAUACUGUGAAGCAAGCUGGAGAAGGUAUCCUUAGCUACCCAGAUAUAGGAGAGGCCGCAUUUGGAAAAUAUGGCCGAGUUAUUAUAUCAAUCGUUUUGUACACCGAAUUAUAUUCAUAUUGUGUGGAAUAUAUCAUCAUGGAAGGCGAUAACCUUACUGGUCUUUUUCCCGGAACAUCCUUGCAUUGGGGUGGCUUGGAUUUGGAUGCCAAGCACUUAUUUGCAAUUUUGACUGCACUUAUUAUUCUCCCUACUGUUUGGUUGAAGGAUCUUCGUGUAGUCUCCUAUCUCUCAGCUGGAGGGGUUAUUGGUUCAACUUUGAUCGCUAUCUGUGUGGUUGUUGUUGGGACAAGAAAUGAUAUUGGAUUCCAUCAGACUGCUCCAUUAGUGAAGUGGAGUGGCGUUCCAUUUGCUUUUGGUAUCUAUGGGUUUUGCUUUGCAGGACAUUCAGUUUUUCCCAAUAUAUAUCAGUCUAUGGCUAACAAAAGAGAAUUUACAAAGGCAAUAAUCAUAUGUUUUGUUUUGCCCAUGUUUUUAUAUGGAGGUCUCGGAACCGCGGGAUAUCUCAUGUUUGGUGAAAAGACACUGUCUCAGAUAACAUUGAAUCUACCACCAAAUGCAAUUGCUUCCAAAGUCGCUUUGUGGACUAUAGCAAUUAUUCCGCUAACUAAAUAUCCUUUUCUGUCGUUAAAGUGGAACUAUGCUUGA